AUGGAGAUCGGCACUUGGAGCGACUGGAGCGUGGCGGUCCACGCCACCCCCUGGAUGGAGGAACCCAAGCCCAUCACCUCCACCACCGAGAGCGACAUUAUCCCAGGUUCUGUUGCGGCCAAGGACAUGGAGAUCGGCACUUGGAGCGACUGGAGCGUGGCGGUCCACGCCACCCCCUGGAUGGAGGAACCCAAGCCCAUCACCUCCACCACCGAGAGCGACAUUAUCCCAGAAACCACCCCUGGACCGCCUUCAGCCGCACCACGAGUGGGUGAACCCACAGCGGCCUGCUCCACCCUUCUCUGGUCAACCCACCUCCUCCUGGCCUGCGUCCUGCUGUCCAUCAUGUGAUGUGUAAGCUUCAUUCCUGUGGAA